UUGACUGGCCGGCCAGAUCGGAGUACGGAGUGGUGCCGUCGCGGUGUCCGUCCGCUGCAACGCGUUUCCGUCUGUAAUAAAUAAUUAAAUUAUUAUAGUACUUAAUAAAUACCGUAUAAAAACGCAAGAGGGACGCGCACCCUCAAGCCGGGGCACGCAUGCUGUUGACUUGUCGUCAUCGUCGUCAAAACUUAAAGGCACGAUAAUAGCAGGAUGUGGCCAUAUAUACGAAAAACAGAGAGCGUUGCAGAACUUAAAAUGAAAUUCACCGGUAACCAAAAUGUCAAAAACGGCAUUGGGGUUUCGGGCAAACCAACUAGGAUACCGCAGACGAGCACAAGUAUUACGGAAACAAAAAAUGGUGUGAAGCAGAAAAUUCCGAUUGUAAACUCCAAAAAAAUGAUCAAAGAUUCUGUUGAAGAUUUGUCGCUUACGAGUAAAAACUCGAGUAGAGUCAAAGACCUGAUUAAAAAGCUAAAUGAAGGUUCCCAACAGUCUAGUUUUAAAAAAAAAGGACCAGUGCAUAAGGUACAAAAAAUAUUAUCAAAUUCGUCAACAACGACCUUUCAAGAUGUUCUCGAUGUACGGAAAAAAACUGUCGAAGUCAAUAACCGCGUGGGAGGAAACACAACCAAUUCGAUGAUUUUAGACAAUGAAAAUCAAUUACCACAGAUGGUAGACUUACAAACUAUGUUUUCAUUACUAUCUGAAAAACAUUCAGAAUUAUUGCGUGCAUACAAUUGCAUGCAAAUGCAACAACUCAAAGACUCGACGUUGCGUAAAGACAAACGAGAAAUCCAACGUUUGACAAAUAUAAAUUCUGAUCUUUUAGCUGAAGUGAAUAAAUUGCAAACUCAACUUAAAGAAACAUCAGAACACAACGAACUACUCGAGUUCAGGCUUUUGGAGUUGGAAGAUAUCGAAACAACGACCAAAUUAAAAAGUCAAAACCGUGAAACCACCGAAGACAUGAGCGACUCCGGUGUUAUGUCACUAGCCACCAGUGAUGAUUUUUGUAGUGACGGAGACCAACACGAAAAUGAAUUAGAUGUAAGACGAUGCGAUAACAUUAAACAACGACUGAUGGAAAUGUAUAACAGUGUAUGUUAUUGUGUAGAAGAUAGAUCAACAAUUAAUCAAGUACUAGCUCUCAUACGACAUUUCGAGUGUCGUUUAAUAGACGUAAAUCAAAAUGAUCGCCAUAAACAGGCAUACACGGACUGCCUUCAAGAGAGUGGUAUUUUUGAAGAGGAUAUUUAUUCAGAAGCUGUAUCAGAAGCAACUCAAACGGAAAGUCCUAUUGAAAAAACCAUAGGUAUUCUUUCUACCGAUUUAACCGAAGAACUUAGAAAAUUAUCUAGGAUUCGUGAAAAAAUCGAAGAACGCAAAGUGCCAUUAGUUGAUGAUCGAGUUGCUAAAGAAUUGUCGUUUUAUAAAGAACACUGGCGAACUUUAGAAAGGAAAAUCGAAGCAUAUGAAAGCGAUGGAGACGAUAGAGUGAAACUUUUAACAACAACUAUCGAUAGAGAAUCAAGACUGGCCAGUGAAAUAAAACUUUUAUAUACCACUAUAGAUAAACUAAAAGAACAAAAUCGAUUGGUAGAAGAAGAAAAAUGUGAAUUCGAAGAGGCUGAAAAUGACACCAGACUUAGAUUCCAAAAGUUGGAAAACAAGUAUAUGAUACUGGCUGAAAAAAAAAAUACUCUACAGACAGAAUUGACUGUCAAGGCCCAAGAAAUCGAAGCACUUCGCCAAGAGUUGUCUGAAGUAAAUGCAAAAAAAUGCGAAGCCCGUAAGCAUGCGGCCUCCAUGGAAGCAUUGAUUAAUAAAUACGAGCAAAGAAAUUUUGAACUUGAAGAAUCUGAAAUGGAAACAAAAUGUAAAUUACAAAUUUUAGAAAAUGCAUGGCCUGCAAUAGUGCUAUGGAAUAUAUGGCGUGUUGUUUGUAAACAUUAUCGUAAACCCAAAUCAAUGACAACUAUUGAGUACAAACAACCUACAGAACCUGACAUAGAUUAUUUAGAGAAACUACAGAUCAUGACUAAAGAGCGAAUGGAAAUGGAAAAACGGAUCCAAGACCUUGAAUUUAAAGAAAACGUCUAUCAACAGACAUUACAACAGGCAGAUAACAUUUUGGCGAAUGUUGAGGAAGGUUACAAGCGGCAAAUUGAAGAACUAAGCUCAGAACUGGCAGAAAAACAAAAACAGUUAACAGAUCGUGAGAACCGUAUGCGAUUAUCAGCUGAUUCUAGAGAUAGAGAACCAGAACUUCUUGAUAGAAUACAUGGGCUUGAAACGGAGAUAAGAGAGCUUGUGCACAAACUAAAAGCUAAAGAUGUGGAAAAACAGUCAUGGGUUCGUCGUGAAACACAACUUAGAAAUGAUAUGGAACAGUUCGUCAAUGAAGUGUGCCAAAUUAAAUCAGAAAAUGCCGUACUUAGAAAUCAAUUAGAUUGCGAGAAAAUGAAAUUUAAAGACUUACAGAAAGAUAUUAAUUUUAAACAGUCAGUGUACGCUGAACUUGAGGAGAAAUCUAACGUUGAAGCAAAAAAUUACCAAUCUACUAUAUUAAAAUUAUCGAAACAAAUUGAUGAGUAUGACGUUACAAACGGAGAACUUAAAGAAGAAGUUGAAACUCUUGAGGCACACGUCAAACUUUUAAGAAAUGCACUAGCAGAAGAAAAGGAAAUCAAAGAAAAUAUAACUGUCGAAUUGAACCAAGAAUUGUCACAGAAACAAGAAAUUAUUGAUAAUUUUGAAAGACACAUGUCGUACAAUGGAUCGAAAAAUGCUGCCGAGGAGCUGCAGUGUGAAAACUUAAAAACUAAUAAUGUAGGAAAAUUAAACUUGGAGCAAAUCGACAAUAACAAUCUGCACAUAACGACGCCACAAUUCCCGAACUUAACACAAUUACAAACGUGCGAUGCCUGUUUUAAACAUUUUGAACCAAUUUUACAAAAAGUUAUGAACAAUUUCAACAACGUUUUAAUUACAUUAGACUCGAACAGCAAUUUAAAUUUGUCAGAUAUCUCCACUACAACGUCCGAUGAAUGCCCAGAAUCUACGAAACCCGUACAAUACAAAUGUCCACCUAAGAUUAAACAAACAGUUUGUCACCUAACCAAACAAGCGGCCAUGCUGGAGGCUAAGAAUUUCGAAAAAAACAAGAUAAUUAUGAUGCUGGCUGACGAACUGCUAUAUUUAUCUGAGCACGACAAGUGGAGUAGGCGAUUAGAAUUCACGAGAGGUCUCGAUUCCGUACCAUCCACUCGAUACGCUCCCGACUUUAAUUGCACGACCGUAGAAAAAUACUUGAACGGUGGCACCGAGUGCACUUCGGAUGAAAAGAGCGACGAUCGUAAAUACUUGUGCUUGAUCCGACCGGAAAACCCUAUCGGCCUGCACGUCGUCAGGCAAAUCGGACCAGACUGCAUCAUUCUGGCGUGGAAAUCGCCAAAACCCAAUCCUGUUGGUUUAUACGAGUUGCUUCUGAACGGGAAGUUUGCGCAGAGGAUCCCGUGCACGGAACGCUCGACGACAGUGUUGUGUCCGGUCAACCUGCAGGAACCUCUCACGAUUACGAUGAUGAACGUGGUGGACGACGAAGACGGAACGGCGUUUCCGCCCAUCACCGUACACCAUCCGUUCGUCGUAUGAGCUCCGUCAGCCGCCCUUCGUCGUUUCUCUAGUCUUCAGCAUUACUGCAAAAAAAUCAAUCAAAACCGUCCAGCUGUGUAACACGUCAUAUUAUAUAAUAUAUAAUAUCCGUCAUAAUAUAUAUACGACACAUCAAGUUAUGAUUAUAUACUGCGUCGCAUGUUACGAUCGUUAUAUUGAUUAUGUCAACAUUUUGUAUUUUGUUUACUUUUAAUAUUUUAUACCUAAUAGUGGAAACAUUAUUAAAUUUUUUUUUCUAUGUUAUCGAAUGAUUAGAAAAUUAUGUAUGUAUAUUAUUAUAUUAUUAUAUUAUUUAUACAAAAAAAACUGUUUUUGAUAAAACAAAAUAUCACAAUAAUAUCAAAUACGCCGACCGUAUAAUAUACAUAUACCAUAAUCGUGUACUCCCAUUUUCCUGACCGACACCAUUUGCGGUUACCAAACGUAUUCCAAUUAUAACGCCGCGGACAGCUAUUAAAAUGCAUAUACGCAACGUAUGAUAUUAUAGCACGUUUGAUGUAUAUUUUAAUAUUACGGUUCACACCUCUCAUUCGGACUGUUUAACCGUUGUAAUAUAUUAUCGUUAUUAUUAUAA